CCAGCAUGCAUCUCUGCUUUGAGAAGCUGAGGCAAGAUGGCGACUAAAAUAAGCAAAGACAGUCCCCCUCCUUUUGAUUGUCCAUCAUGGGCAGGCAAACCGCCCCCUGGGCUCCACCUGGACGUGAUGAAGGGGGACAAACUGAUAGAGAAACUGAUCAUAGAUGAAAAGAAGUACUACCUAUUUGGGAGGAACCCCGACUGGUGCGACUUCACCAUUGACCAUCAGUCGUGCUCUCGUGUUCACGCUGCACUAGUCUAUCACAAACACUUGAAAAGGGUCUUCCUCAUAGACCUCAACAGCACACACGGUACUUUCCUUGGACACAUUCGGCUGGAGGCCCACAAGCCUCAGCAGGUUCCCAUAGACUCUACAAUAUCUUUUGGGGCCUCAACACGGACUUACACCAUCAGAGAGAAACCUCAAACCCAAGGCAGUGCUGGCACGGGGGACAGCAAGACAGGAGAUGAUGAGGAGCUGAAAGGACUGCUCGGGCUUCCAGAAGAAGAGACAGAACUGGAGAACCUGACAGAGUUCAACACAGCUCACAACAAGCGCAUCUCCCUCCUCACCAUUGAGGAAGGCAACCUGGAAAUUCAGAGGCCCAAGAGGAAACGAAAAAAUUCCAGAGUUACCUUCAGUGAAGAAGAUUCCAUCAUAAAUCCAGAGGAUAUAGACCCCUCUGUUGGGCGCUUCAGAAAUAUGGUGCAGACUGCUGUCAUCCCUAUAAAGAAACGGAGAUCAGAGGGCCAGAACACUUUGGGUUUUGAUGACUUGACUUCAAAACGCAUGCACGGCUACGGCUUUGGUGGUGGUCUCUAUGGGGACUUGCCUCCCACCAGUCAUGAGAACCAGCCGAUAGGAGCUCCAGGAGGUGUUGCCAUGCAGGGAGGGCUUCCUCUUCCUUUCCCUAACCCAGCACCAGAGGUAGACCUGGCCCCUGAGGCUCCACAGCCACCUGUCACUCUCAACCCCACACCUGUUACAGCUCCUUACCUACCGGAGACCCACAACGAGCCACGAAAAAAGAAGUAUGCCAAAGAAACUUGGCCAGGCAAGAAACCCACCCCUUCACUACUCAUCUAACCAGUUUCUCAAAGCUGCUGACUCUCAGGUUACCAGCAGAAACAUCAGGGACUGUGACCUGGACGAGAUGGAGCCAUUCACUUCCUUUUUUUU